UAUUUAUUUGUUAUGUUGCCAAGUAACGUCAAUUUCUGAGUAGCACAUUAAUAACGAAUAGUGUUUUUUAUUAUUUCCCUUUUUCUUAAUCUACAAUGCCUAAAGUACAGCCCACCCCAAAUCCCCAUGUAGGGAUCAAAUAUCACAGAGUAGAUAAAGGCAGUGACCCAGGCUGUUACCAACUGCACAAGCCUUACGACUGUCGUUGGAAAUUCCCAAUAACAAAACGACCAAUACACAAAUGCGAGCACCCAAAUUGGGAGUAUUCCAUGGUACCCCAGAUGGGAGGUUGGAGAAAAAUUAUAAUACCAAGGAAACAAACUAACUACUACCCCGCUGUGAUGCAUAAAUCGGACUAUGAACGCCUUCAGCAGCAAGCCAGGAUCGUGUCUCAAGACGAACAGCUUCAAGCCAUGCACGAUCAAGAGGAGGCCAUUCAGAAAGCUGCCAAGGAAUCAGAAGCUCGAAAGCAGAAAUUGAAGGCCAGUCUGUUGCCGCAGCCAGGGGCAGAGACGGCCGGCGGGACUGCCGACCCUGAAUUGGAAGGACCAGACCAGGCGGCUCACACGCUGUCCAGAGCUGAAAUGAUACGAGCCGAUAACAUGCAAGGACCUCGCCUCUGCAACCGAAUCAUCCUAGCAUCGAAGUGCCACGCCAUCCGCGACGCGCAGAUCAACGAGAAAGAAUUGAUCAAGAAGGAAUUGGAUGAAGAAGAACGACGAUUAGAUGCAAUAAUGGAAGAAAACCGUCAAGCAGCGGUGGUGAGAGCUGAGAAUGAGGAGGAGAGGCGACACCAACUCCGGCUACAGAAUCUAUCUGCAUUGAAGGAGCAGAUCAAGUCUCAUGAGACUGCCAAGAUAAUGGAAGCUGAGCGCAUUGAAGAAGAGAGCAUCCGCGUAAACCAGGCGAACAUAGCCAUGCAGAUAGAUGAGGCGAAACAACUGAGGGAGAAACACGGCAGGCAGGCUAAACUGAAAGAGGUAUUGGAUCAAGGCAACGCCGAGCUGCUCUACUACAAGCAGCUUCAGAAUGAGGAAGAGCGCAUCAUGGACCUCCGCAUAUCCAACUUCAUCAAACAGAAACACGAGAGGGAGGCGAGGAACAAGGCAGAAGCUGACGCCAUCAAAGCAGCCAAGCAGAAGGGCAUUGACCAUAUCGCUAAAGCCCAAAAGGCCGAGCAAGAGCUGAAAGAAGAGUUAGAGAGGAUCCGUAACCUGAAAAUCCAGGAGGACGUGGAGAGGGAGUACCGUCGUAGGGAGAGAGAAGCCGCUAUCAAGAGAAACAAGGAGAUGAAGCAAUUGCAUGAAGCUAGAGUGCAGCAGAUCACAGACAUCCAUCGCAUGAUUGCGCGGGAGAUUGCCAAAGACGAGCAGAGUUUCAAUAACGCCGCAAGGCAGAAUGAAGAGUUCAUCGCUAAGGAGAAAGCGUUGGACGACAAACGCAAAGCCCGCAUCGAGAAGCAUCGCCAGGAGAUCAUGAAACAGAUCAAUGACAAGGAGCGCGCCAGGGCUGAACUACGAGAGAAGAUACACAAUGAGGGUGUGGCCUUGCGCAUGGAGCUGGAACAGCAGGACAAGUAUGAGAGGAAGGUUAUCAAACAGAAGGUGGCAGCAAUGAGACAACAAAAGGUUGCAGAGAAAUACGUGAAAGAAGUCGAACAGACACUCGGAAAACACGGAUAUGCUUAAUCUAUCACUGCAACGGAAUUUAUUAAUAUUUUAUUUUUGUAUCUAUAGUUCAAUUUAUAUACAUUUCUUCUACGUCUAAAAUCUGUUGUGAAGAUCCAUCGUUAGUAUUUUUACACUCUUAUAAUAUUAACAUUGAGCUAUACUAUAAUAUGUUUUAAUAUCUUUUUUUUAGCAUCUGUCUUUCUUAUCGACUGUGUUAUUUGCAACACAUCUGUGUCUGUAAAACCCCAAAACGAAAAGAUAAACCGAAAUCCUCAAUAAAGAAUUCGUGAAAAGUUGUCGAGAAUACCAUUUUAUCAUUAACACGAUGACACAAACAUGGCAGCACGUUUCUGUUCCCGUUGAAUUAAACCGUUGAAUAGUUGGUUCAGAGCGCUUAGUGCCAGUUACACAAAACAUAAUAUAGUAAAACGUUUUCGCAUUCGAUCGAUUUAUAUAUGUACACGUACAGUCUGUCCGAGUAGAAGACUGAUUUUAACGAACUACAUAUUUUUGCAAUUACAAUACCAAAUAGUAUGGUCAAGAUUGGUUGAUAAAAAUCAGUGUUGCCAGCCAAGAGGACACAGCACCCGCGAUGAUUUUCUACUGUUUGUAACAUAAUUGGUACGAAAUUUUUGUAAUAUCUUCGCUCAUGGAUAAUCUUUUAGAAUGUUUUUCAUUUCAUUAUUAUUAUUUUCAAAAUCUUAUACUGCGAUACACGCAUAUUCGUAUAAGAUUUGUAAGUUCACAAAUAAUAAUAUAGCCUAUUGAAAGUAUAAUACCGUACCUCUACAAUCUGUGGUUUGGCUUAGUAGAUUGCUAUUGCUAGAGUUAGUUUACUCUGUGAUUUUGUCUAUUUUUUGCGGAUAUGAGCUUAAGUAUGCUCUGGCGUGGGAAUGCACUAUAAUUUAUCUAUAUCAUCAAUUUGAUAUUAAUUUAAUUUAUAAUAAAGGAGUGAUA